CACUUCCUGACUGCGCUGUGAUUAUCUGAUGGGAACCUGCUUAUCCAGUUCCUUCCUUGGUGUGACUUCAGUGUCUUGUGACCCAAUGAACGUCACUGAGCGCCCCUCCCAGGGAAACUCUAUAAAGCCAGCAGCUCUGCUGUGAGGGCAGGUUUACUGAAUCCACAGCACUGCACAGGUUGACACAACAUGUCUCUCUAUCCAUCUCUAGAGGAUCUGAAAGUGGACAGGGCUAUACAGGCCCAGUCCAGCCAGGUUAUCCCCAGACCCGCUCCGGCAGCCAUCAUGCCAGCAGCACAGCAACUUAAUCCAGGCCUAUACCCCAACCUGGCUGAACUCUCCAACUACAUGGGUCUGUCUCUGACCGAUGAGGAAAUCCAGUUAAACAUGUCUCUGAUGCCAUCUCAGGGUAAUGCAGUGGCAAUCCCACAGAGCCAAGCAGGAGUGUUGGUGGCCCCAGUAACUGGAAACGAUAUCGGGCUCCGGCGUGCAGAGAUCAAAUUUGGGCUCAGGGAGGUGAUUUUAUGCAAAGAUGAGAAUGGAAAGGUGGGACUGAGACUACGCGCUGUGGACAAAGGAAUCUUUGUACAGCUGGUCCAAGUAAAUUCUCCAGCGUCCCUGGUUGGCCUCAGGUUCGGGGAUCAGAUUCUGCAAAUUGAUGGUGAAAACUGCGCUGGAUGGACAAGUGACCGGGCGCACAAAGCUUUAAAAAGAGCUGGCCAGGACCGGAUCAGUUUGGUAGUGCGAGACCGACCUUACCAGCGUACAGUAACCCUACAGAAAGACAGCCAGGGACACGUGGGAUUUAUUCAAAAGAAAGGACAGAUCACAGCGCUGGUAAAAGAUGGAUCUGCUGCUAGGAACGGACUUCUAACCAAUCACCACCUGUGCGAGAUCAACGGGCAAAACGUCAUUGGCCUCAAGGAGCGUCAGAUCACUGAAGUCCUGUUAAACUGCGGGCAGACUGUAACUGUGACCGUCGUUCCCAGUCUGAUCUACGAACACAUCGUUAAAAAAAUGUCCACAGGACUCAUAAAGAAUUCCAUGGACCACUCUAUCCCAGAGGUGUGAAGAUCCUUCACAAUGAGAAUCCCUCUCUAAUGCAAGUCUGGGAUUGGACAUUUUGGGGUGCUGGAACAAUGCACAUUCAGGAUAUCCCCUCACUUUUUCACUAUGCACUUUGUGUUCAUCGAGGAACAAUAUGGAGUCUUUUGAAUGUAUUCAGGUGGGACCAAGGUGGGUUUUAACCUACAGCAGCCAACCAGUUAUUGAUCACUACUGGAACUGGAUGAAAACUAAUUGUAUACCCUGCAAGAUUUCGGUUUGUGUUUAAUAUUUCCUUGUACUAGCAAAACAGUCUAUUUUCUAAUAAAGCUCAAAACAUUC